AUGAGGGCUGGAGAUGCUUGUUUCCACGGCAACCACAUCAAGGGCCGGGAGCUGCAUCCCCGUUACCGUGGCGACCGUCGCCAUGCUGGCAGCCGCCAGAUGCUGCCCCGCGGCCUGCUGCUGCUGGCGGUGCUGCAGUGCUGCUCGGUGGCGCUGUGCGGCUGCGAGCCCCGCCAGGUGAACGUGGGCGCCGUGCUGAGCCAGAAGCGCUACGAGCAGGUGUUCAAGGAGGCGGUGACUCAGGCCAACGCGCUGUACGGGAAGGACAAGUUCAAGAUGAACGCCAUCUCCGUCACGCACAAACCCAACGCCAUCCAGAUGGCGCUGUCUGUCUGCGAGGACCUCAUCUCGAACCAGGUUUAUGCGAUCCUGGUCAGCCACCCUCCUCAGUCCAACGACCACCUCACUCCGACGCCCGUCUCCUACACGGCCGGGUUCUACCGGAUCCCCGUGGUCGGCCUGACAACCCGCAUGUCCAUCUACUCCGACAAGAGCAUCCACCUGUCCUUCCUGAGGACGGUGCCUCCAUAUUCCCACCAGGCUCACGUCUGGUUCGACCUGAUGAGAGAGUUCAGGUGGAACCACAUCAUCCUGAUCGUCAGCGACGACCACGAAGGCCGAGCUGCUCAGAAGAGACUGGAGACGCUGCUGGAGGAGCGAGAGACCAAGGUCAGAAACCACACUUCCACCGGUCCUGUCCUGAGACGUGCUGAGCGUCGCUCUGACGACCAGCGAGUCCUGCUGACGCUCCUCUCUGGCUGCUCUGUGAUCGACUCGUCGCUCUGCCUGCUGGGCCUCCAGCUGAUUAACGGUAAGAACGAGUCGGCUCACAUCGCGGACGCCGUCGCCGUGGUCGCUCAGUCGCUGCAGGAGCUGUUUGAGAAGGAGAACAUCACGGAGCCUCCGCGGGGCUGCGUGGGGAACACCAACAUCUGGAGAACCGGGCCGCUCUUCAAACGGGUGCUGAUGUCAUCAAAGUACCCCGACGGCCUGACGGGACGAAUCGAGUUUAACGACGACGGCGACCGGCGCUUCGCCACCUACAGCAUCCUGAACUACCAGCAGAAACCGGGUCGCCUCGUCCAGGUCGGAGUCUUCAACGGAUCACAGGUUGUGAUGAACCCUCAGAGGAAGAUCAUCUGGCCUGGAGGAGAAACCGAGAAACCAGUCGGAUACCAGAUGUCGACAAAACUCAAGAUUGUGACGAUCCAUCAGGAACCUUUUGUUUAUGUCAAACCCACGAAGACCGAUGGGACGUGUAAGGAGGAGUACACCGUUAACGGAGUUCUAAUCAAGAAGGUGAUCUGUACCGGACCCAACGGAACCAUACCAGGUAACAGCUCAGGGCAGCCCAUCGUGCCUCAGUGUUGCUAUGGUUUCUGCAUCGACCUGCUCAUCAAGCUGGCCAUGAGCAUGAACUUCACCUACGAGGUUCACCUGGUGGCUGAUGGCAAGUUCGGAACACAGGAGCGAGUGAACAACAGCAAUAAGAAGGAGUGGAACGGGAUGAUGGGGGAGCUGCUCGGAGGUCUGGCCGACAUGAUCGUGGCUCCUCUCACCAUCAACAACGAGCGCGCUCAGUACAUCGAGUUCUCCAAACCGUUCAAAUACCAGGGGCUCACCAUCCUCGUCAAGAAGGAAAUCCCUCGCAGCACUCUGGAUUCGUUCAUGCAGCCGUUCCAGAGCACACUGUGGCUGUUGGUCGGUCUGUCGGUCCAUGUGGUGGCAGUGAUGCUUUACCUACUAGACCGGUUCAGCCCGUUUGGAAGGUUUAAAGUGAACAGCGAAGAAGAAGAAGAAGACGCCCUCACCCUGUCCUCGGCCAUGUGGUUCUCAUGGGGAGUACUGCUGAACUCUGGGAUCGGAGAAGGAGCUCCGCGGAGCUUCUCGGCCAGGAUUCUGGGGAUGGUGUGGGCAGGAUUCGCCAUGAUCAUCGUAGCUUCAUAUACUGCCAACCUGGCAGCCUUCCUGGUGCUGGACCGGCCUGAGGAGCGCAUCACUGGCAUCAAUGACCCCAGGCUGCGUAACCCAUCAGAUAAGUUCAUCUACGCCACAGUGAAGCAGAGCUCGGUGGAUAUUUACUUCAGACGGCAGGUGGAGCUGAGCACCAUGUACCGGCACAUGGAGAAACACAACUACGAGAGCGCCGCUGAGGCCAUCCAGGCUGUCCGAGACAACAAGCUUCACGCCUUCAUCUGGGACAGCGCUGUGUUGGAGUUCGAGGCGUCGCAGAAGUGCGAUCUGGUGACGACGGGAGAGCUGUUCUUUCGCUCCGGGUUCGGGAUCGGAAUGAGGAAAGACAGUCCUUGGAAACAGAACGUUUCUCUGGCUAUUCUCAGCUCUCAUGAGAAUGGCUUCAUGGAGGACCUGGAUAAGACGUGGGUUCGAUACCAGGAGUGUGACUCGAGGAGCAACGCACCGGCAACCCUCACCUUCGAGAACAUGGCAGGUGUGUUCAUGCUGGUCGCCGGUGGAAUCGUCGCUGGAAUCUUCCUCAUCUUCAUCGAGAUCGCCUACAAACGGCACAAAGACGCUCGCAGGAAACAGAUGCAGCUCGCCUUCGCCGCUGUCAACGUGUGGAGGAAGAACCUGCAGCCGUACCCGACUGACAUCACCGGACAGCUCAACCUAUCAGAUCCCUCCGUCAGCACCGUCGUCUAGGAGACAGGAGGGG